AUGGCUCGAGGGAUAUGCAUACUCCUCUUGGUGGUAGUAGCGGCAGUUUCUACAUCCGGGUACGGCAGUUAUAGAAGCUAUGAUACUACAGAAUAUAGCGGAUAUCCUAUUCACACGUCUACUAGUAGCGUCGUAACCCAUCAUUCGAGUCAUCAUUCGAGUCAUCACAGUUAUCAUGGAGUGUCAUACUACAAAAGAUACCAUGGAUUCAAGAUAAAUCAUCGUAGAUUUUCUUACCAUGGACUAGGAUACAAACUGAGAUGUGGAAAGAGCCGAUUUUACCGACUGUGGAGACGCUGUUAUGGUAAAUACCAUAGCAGAAGUCGUUGUUUUGGAGUAUUUAGAACACGACAUCUCUUCGGACUUUAUAAAGGUCAUGGUUACGGAGGAGGCUAUCUAAGCUAUUAUAAAAAAUACCAUGGAUUCAAACUCCGUCACAACAGAUUUUUCUAUGGCGGACAUGGAUACAGAUUGAGAUGUGCAAGGAGACGAUUCUACAGAAGCUGGAGAGGUUGUUACAGAAGAUAUCACAGUAGAAGUCGUUGUUUUGGAUAUCUUAGGAAAAGACAUUUGUUUGGACUUUAUAAAGGUCAUGGAUAUGGAGGUGGUUAUCUCAGUUAUUAUAAAAAAUACCAUGGAUUCAAACUCCGACACAACAGAUUUUUCUAUGGCGGUCAUGGAUACAAAUUGAGAUGUGCAAGGAGACGAUUCUACAGAAGCUGGAGAGGUUGUUAUAGAAGAUACCACAGUAGAAGUCGUUGUUUUGGAUAUCUGAGGAAAAGACAUCUGUUUGGACUUUAUCAUGGAGCAGGCUACUCUGGUCAUGUAUACAACGGAUAUAGAAGUGUACAUAGUCACACGAAAUAUAGCUAUAGCUAUUAUAGAAGUCAUCAUGGAUUCAGCAUUAGACAUAGCAGAUUUACUUAUCAUGGAGUUUCAUACCGACUAAAGUGUAGCAGCACCCGAUUCUACAGACUAUGGAGUAAUUGCUAUGAUCAUUAUCAUAGUGUAGGAACCUGUUUUGGACGACUGAGAAGCCAACAUCUGUUCUAUAGAUACGUUGGAGGUAGUUCAUAUGGUGGUAUUGUUGGUGGAUACAGUGGCAGUAGAUAUAGCUAUAGCUAUUACAGAAGUCAUCAUGGUUUUAGCAUUAGACACAACAGAUUUUCUUAUCAUGGAGUUUCCUACAGACUAAAAUGUAGCAGCACCCGAUUCUACAGACUUUGGAGUAAUUGCUAUGAUCAUUAUCAUAGUGUAGGAACCUGUUUUGGACGACUUAGUAGACAACAUCUGUUCUAUAAAUACGUUGGAGGUAGCUCAUAUGGUGGUAUUGUUGGUGGAUACGGCCACAGCAGAUAUAGCUAUAGCUAUUACAGAAGUCAGCAUGGAUUCAGUAUUAGACAUAACAGAUUUUCUUAUCAUGGAGUUUCAUAUCGACUGAAAUGUAGCAGCACCCGAUUUUACAGACUUUGGAGUAAUUGCUAUAAUCAUUAUCAUAGUGUAGGAAGCUGUUUUGGACGACUGAGAAGACAGCAUCUGUUCUAUAGAUAUGUUGCAGGUAGCUCAUAUGGUGGUAUUGUUGGUGGAUACGGUCACAGUAGAUAUAGCUAUAGCUAUUACAGAAGUCAUCAUGGAUUCAGUAUUAGACAUAACAGAUUUUCUUAUCAUGGAGUUUCAUACCAACUGAAAUGUAGUAGCAGCCGGUUCUACAGGUUAUGGAGUGACUGUUAUGAUGAUUAUCAUAGUGUAGGUGAUUGUUUUGGACGACUUAGAAGACAACAUCUGUUCUACAAAUACGUUGCAGUUCAACAUGCCAUCGGACUAAAUUUGUUGCGUAGGCACAGCCAUAUUGCCAAUCAACAUGUGACCAGAAUUAAUCAUGAAGCCAACAAACAUGUUGCAAGGAUAUCACACGUAUCUAACAUACACGAACGUAAUAUUGCUUCCCAGGCAGGAAAACAUGUUCACAGAAUUGCAAGCGUGGCCAAUAAACACAUAAAUAGAUUUAAAGCACUCGUAGAUUUCCACAUAAAUAGACUUCACAAACACACAAAACAUCACUUGUCAGCUCUUGAACACCAACAUACAAGACAUUUACAUGACCGCGAGUAUCAGAACAAAAAACAUGAGUUGAAGGUCGACUACUUGCACGGAAAACACGAACAUACCAUCAAUAAACUACAUGACUACCAUGGUAUAUUUGGUGUCGGACACUUGGUGAGCUACUUGGAUUACUAUAAGAAAUACCAUGGAUUCAAAAUCAGUCACAACAGAUUUUCAUACGGAGGACAUGCAUACACACUGAAAUGUGGACUUCAACGAUUUUAUAAUUUAUGGAGUAACUGCUGGUCUAGUUAUCACAGAAGGAGUUUAUGUUUUGGACGACUCAGGAAGAGCCAUCUCUUUGAAUUAUAUUCCGGAGGUCAUGGAUAUGGAGGUGGUUAUCUUAGCUAUUAUAAAAAAUACCAUGGAUUCAAACUACGACACAACAGAUUUUUCUAUGGCGGUCAUGGAUACAGAUUGAGAUGUGCAAGGAGACGAUUCUAUAGAAGCUGGAGGGGUUGUUACAGAAGAUAUAACAGUAGAAGUCGUUGUUUUGGAUAUCUAAGGAAAAGACAUCUGUUUGGACUUUAUCAUAGAGCAGGUUACAGAAGUGUACACAGUCACACAAAAUAUAGCUAUAGCUAUUAUAGAAGUCAUCAUGGAUUCAGCAUUAGACAUAGCAGAUUUUCCUAUCAUGGAGUUUCAUACCGACUUCAAUGUAGCAGCACCCGAUUCUACAGACUUUGGAGUAAUUGCUAUGAUCAUUAUCAUAGUGUAGGAACCUGUUUUGGACGACUGAGAAACCAACAUCUGUUCUAUAGAUACGUUGGAGGUAGCUCAUAUGGUGGUAUUGUUGGUGGAUACGGUCACAGUAGAUAUAGCUAUAGCUAUUACAGAAGUCAUCAUGGAUUCAGUAUUAGACAUAACAGAUUUUCUUAUCAUGGAGUUUCCUACAGACUAAAAUGUAGCAGCACCCGAUUCUACAAACUUUGGAGUAAUUGCUAUGAUCAUUAUCAUAGUGUAGGAACCUGUUUUGGACGACUUAGAAGCCAACAUCUGUUCUAUAGAUACGUUGGAGGUAGCUCAUAUGGUGGUAUUGUUGGUAGAUACGGCCACAGUAGAUAUAGCUAUAGCUAUUACAGAAGUCAUCAUGGAUUCAGUAUUAGACAUAACAGGUUUUCUUAUCAUGGAGUUUCAUACCGACUAAAAUGUAGCAGCACCCGAUUUUACAGACUUUGGAGUAAUUGCUAUGAUCAUUAUCAUAGUGUAGGAAGCUGUUUUGGACGACUUAGAAGACAGCAUCUGUUCUAUAGAUACGUUGCAGGUAGCUCAUAUGGUGGUAUUGUUGGUGGAUACGGCCACAGUAGAUAUAGCUAUAGCUAUUACAGAAGUCAUCAUGGAUUCAGCAUCAGACACAACAGAUUUUCUUAUCAUGGAGCUUCAUAUAGACUGAAGUGUAGCAGCACCCGAUUCUACAGACUAUGGAGUAAUUGCUAUGAUCAUUAUCAUAGUGUAGGAACCUGUUUUGGACGACUUAGAAGCCAACAUCUGUUCUAUAAAUACGGUGGAGGCAGCGCUUAUGGUGGCGUUGUUGGUGGAUACGGUCAUGGAAGAUAUAGCUAUAGAUAUUACAGAAGUCAUCAUGGUUUCAGCAUUAGACAUAACAGAUUUUCUUAUCAUGGAGUUUCAUACCAACUGAAAUGUAGUAGCAGCCGGUUCUACAGGUUAUGGAGUGACUGUUAUGAUGAUUAUCAUAGUGUAGGUGACUGUUUUGGACGACUUAGAAGACAACAUCUGUUCUACAAAUACGUUGCAGUUCAACAUGCCAUCGGACUAAAUUUGUUGCGUAGGCACAGCCAUAUUGCCAAUCAACAUGUGAACAGAAUUAAUCAUGAAGCUAACAAACAUGUUGCAAGGAUAUCACACGUAUCUAACAUACACGAACGUAAUAUUGCUUCCCAGGCUGGAAAACAUGUUCACAGAAUUGCAAGCGUGGCCAAUAAACACAUAAAUAGAUUUAAAUCACUCGUAGAUUUCCACAUAAAUAGACUUCACAAACACACAAAACAUCACCUUUCAGCUCUUGAAUACCAACAUAAAAGACACUUACAUGACCGCGAGUAUCAGAACAAAAAGCAUGAGUUGAAAGUCGACUACUUGCACGGAAAACACGAACAUACCAUCAAUAAGCUACAUGACUACCAUGGUAUAUUUGGUGUCGGACACUUGGUGAGUUACUUGGAUUACUACAAGAAAUACCAUGGAUUUAAAAUCAGUCACAACAGAUUUUCAUACGGAGGAAAAGCAUAUACACUUAAAUGUGGACUUCAACGAUUUUAUAAUUUAUGGAGUAACUGCUGGUCUAGUUAUCACAGAAGGAGUUUAUGUUUUGGACGACUCAGGAAGAGCCAUCUCUUUGAAUUAUAUUCCGGAGAUUACGACAAUGACUACGCUUCUGGGGCAGUAGUUGUGAAGAACACAGUAUAUGGCGGCGGUUAUCAUCUGGGUGACAGCCAUGUAGUAACUUACAUGGACUACUACAAACAAUACCAUGGAUUUAAAAUCAGUCAUAAUAGAUUUACAUACGGAGGAAAAGCAUACACACUGAAAUGUGGAUUACAAAGAUUCUAUAACGUAUGGAGUGAUUGCUGGUCUAGUUAUCAUAGCAGAAGUGCCUGUUUUGGUCGACUUCUGAACCAACACCUCUUUUCAAUAUACAACGCAGCAGGUUACGACGUUGGGUAUUCUCCUAAAACAGUGGUUGUGAAGACAGCAUCAUAUGAUGAUGAUUUGUACUGAUAACUGAGAAUAAGGAGUAUCCUGUAUAUAUAGUGAAUAAUAAAUAAAUCUAACUGAUGAA